AAGCUGCUGUAAACCUCUUGCAGAUUUCAGUUUCUUUCUUGGGAGAAUGACAGAGACAGCUUUGUGUUGCUUUCUAAACUACAGCAAAAAGGACUAGGUCACAGAGCAGGCACAGGAAGGCUGGGAGGACAAUUUUGGAACCUUGCAUUUCAGUGACCACAGCACUCAGACUCAGGAAUUUUGGUCAACACUGGGUAGCUUCUCUCGGAUCUCAAAGUCAAUGUGGUGACAGAAGAUAAUCAGGCCAUAUGCAGCCUGUCUUUGAAGAUGCUGUUUUGUCAAGAAUCUUCAUCUGGGGCAGUCUGGAAUUAGAUUCCCUGAUGGAGUCAGGUCUGUGGGUUACCUGCAGAUGGGUACCUGAUCAGAAGAACUUCCACCAUUAACUGCCAUGGAUCUGUACAUCACAGCCUUCCUGAAGAAUAUGACAGGAAAGAACUUUCAGCAAUUGGCUGCUGACUUUGUGCCUGAAUACUCUAAACUAAUCAGUAAGUCGGGAGGAAUCCUCUCUCCGGAAAGCCUCAGUAGCAUUCAAGCAGCCCUGCAAGAGGGGAAACUAAAGGAUGUGGUGGAGAAGAUUCAGCAAUCACUUACUGAAGCAGAAAAUGCUUCCCUGGCUGUGGCUGUGAUCGGGGAAUCUGGGACAGGGAAAUCCAGUUUCAUCAAUGCCCUGCGAGGACUUAGUCAUGAAGAGGAGGGAUCAGCAAGUGUUGGGGUUGUGGAGACCACCAUGAAGAAAACACCCUAUCAACAUCCAAAAUAUCCCAACGUGACCUUUUGGGAUCUGCCUGGAACUGGCACCCCCAAUUUCCACCCAGACACUUACCUAGAAACAGUGGGAUUUGCUGAAUAUGACUUCUUCAUCAUCAUUUCUUCCUCUCGGUUUAGCUUCAAUGAUGCUGACCUGGCCCGGAAAAUCAAUGAGAUGGGGAAGAAGUUCUACUUUGUUAGAACCAAGAUUGAUAGUGACUUAUACAAUGAAAAGAAAUUCAAACCCAAGUCCUUCAAAAGUGAGAAGGUUCUUCAGCAGAUCCGAGACUACUGCCUGGCUAAUCUUAGUAACAUUGGGGUGCUUGAGCCGGACGUCUUCUUGAUCUCCAACUUUGAUGUGGGUGACUUUGAUUUCCCCAAACUGGAGCAGACUCUGCUGAAGGAUCUCCCUGCCCACAAGCGCCAUGUUUUUGCGCUCUUGUUGCCUGAUUUCUGUGAUGCUUCAAUUGAGAUGAAGAGAGAUUUCCUCAAGGAAAAAAUCUGGCUGAAUGCCAUGAAGUCAGGAGUUUUGUCUUUCAUCCCAUUCAUGCCCUUCAUUAAUGGGUUUGAUUUGCCUGAACAGGAAAUGUGUUUGAAGGUUUACCGAAGCCAUUUUGGCUUGGAUGAUAAAUCGAUUGAAAAGAUUGCUGAGAAGCUGGGUACAUCUGUACAGGACAUCAAAAGCUACACCAAGUCCUUGGAUUUCUGGCACCUUGUGAAGGAUGACAGCAUAGCCACAAAAGCCAUGAAAUGUGCUGAAUCCUUCUGUGCUUUUAAAGGAGGCCCUUUGUCUGCUGUUGUCCAGUUUCUGAAAAUCUACUUUCUACACUCGAAAUUCCUCAACACAGUGGCAGAUGAUGCUAAAAUUCUCCUGCGUAUGAUGAAGUAGAAAUGGUAUGCCUGGCCUAACCAAAUGCACAGGCAAGACUCAGGUCUUGCAUUCUCAUGAUGAGCUGGGGUCCUCUUCCUCCCAGCUUGCAGGCCAGCUCUUCCCUAAGGUAGAAAGAAUAUCUGUUCUGUGGAGGAAAGCCAUUUCUUCACCUGUGAACACUGCUCUGCAAUGAUUAUUUAGCCAUAGCCUGUUUUCAGCUUUCAUUGAUGUUUUGCUUGAAGCAUGACAGUAACUCACCAUUUGCUAUCAAUUAAUCUAUGUGAUAUGAGCCAGUCUCCUUUUGUACUACUUACUAACAUAAUAAACAGAUUGUGACA